AUGGCCUUCCACUCGGGCCACCUCACCCGCGAGCAGGUGGACCAAUUCCAUCGCGACGGCUACCUUGUCGUUCCCGACUUUUUCGACGCGGCGCCGCUGCUGGCCCACGCAAAGGAGGUGGUGUCGUCGGUGGACCUGUCGACGCACCCGCGCACAAAGUUCAGCACGGGCGGCGACGACGGCGAGGAGCAUGUGGGCGACCGCUACUUUCUCGAGUCGGGCUCGCACAUCCGCCACUUUUUCGAGCAGGACGCCAUCGACGCCGAAGGGAAGCUCACCGUGCCCCUCGACCGCGCCGUCAACAAGGUCGGCCACAAUCUCCACGGCCUCGAUCCCGUCUUCCGCGACUUCUCGUUUGCGGACAACGUAAAGAACGUCGCAAGGAGCCUCGACGUCCACCGCGACCCGCGCGUGCUCCAGGCCAUGAUCAUUGUCAAGGCACAGGAGAUUGGCGGCGCCGUGCCCUGCCACAACGACUCGACCUUUCUCUACACCGAUCCACCCAGCGCCAUCGGGUUCUGGUUCGCCCUCGAGGACUGUACCAGGAAGAACGGGUGCCUCUCGUUCCUCCCUGGAUCGCACCGCUGGCCAAAGGGCAGCCACAAGGAGGCCACCGACAAGAGGCCUCGCGAUCCGUUUGCGGACGAGCUCGGCAGGGCCCGCGGCGUCAACAAGCGCUUCGUCAGGAAGGUCCCCAACGACCCGGAUCAGGGAACCACGUUUGAGACGCUCGCCACCGACGAGGAGGCAGAGUGGAACGAGCAAGAAGCGAGGAUGGAGGAGUGCUCCGCAGGCACACUGGUGCUGAUCCACGGCUCGGUGCUGCACAAGUCCGAGAAGAACACGUCGCCAAAGUCGCGCUACAUUUACACGUACCACAUGAUCGAGGGCGACGGCGAGCUGGCCACGUACGACGAGAAGAACUGGCUCCAGACCGUCGACCAGUCGCCCUUCCCGAGUCUGUACCAGGGUUGA